AUGGAUUAUAGUUUUAGAACAACAGAUUUGGUUUUAUUCCUUUUAAUAACUCAACUUGGCUGUCAUCUGAUAAUUCAUUGGAAUUAAUAUAACUGUGAUAUUUAUAGUUAAUAUUUGCUUGGAUUUUUAUUGUUCUAUUAAUAUAAUUGUUUCAACAUUCAUUAUAUAAUAAAUGAGUUUUGCUUAUAGUUUUACUUUUAACUGGAGAAACAGUUCAACAAAUUUAAUAGCAGUUUAAUAAGAUGA